AUGAACAAGGAUGGAGCCGAGCCGUCUGAGACCCACGAGAAACCAGGCGGAUUUAUGGGCGCGGGCCCGGCCUCGGCAGGGGCGGCGGCGGCGGCCGGGGCGGGCGGGAGCGGCGGCCCCAGCAACCCCGCCUCGCUGCCGCCGGGAGACCCGCAGCUUAUCGCGCUCAUCGUGGAGCAGCUCAAGAGCCGCGGCCUGUUUGACAGCUUCCGCCGGGACUGCCUGGCGGACGUGGACACCAAGCCAGCUUACCAAAACCUGAGGCAAAAAGUGGAUAAUUUUGUGUCGACACAUCUGGACAAGCAGGAGUGGAAUCCUACGAUGAACAAGAACCAGUUACGAAAUGGGCUGAGGCAGAGUGUGGUUCAGUCAGGAAUGCUGGAAGCAGGAGUAGACAGGAUUAUUUCUCAGGUGGUGGAUCCAAAACUCAACCACAUCUUCAGGCCACAGAUUGAACGAGCGAUUCAUGAAUUCCUGGCGGCCCAGAAAAAAGAAGCUGUGCCAGCACCUCCUCCUGACCCAGAGAGCCAGGACCUGCCUGCCCCGUCCCAGGAUACUUCCUAAGAAUAUUCCUGGCACCUUUUGAAAACUCCAUUUAAUUAAUGGUGAAGAAAUGGAUCCCUGUUCCGAGAGAGCAUGACUUCAUCCGGCUGGGGGCUUCUGAACUCAAGAUUUCUACCCUGACUGUGGGGCAGUGUCCAGAUAGGACAGGAGCAAGCUUGGCAGUGGGAACUCUGUCUGUGGGUGCCCCUUCCUUGGGCUGCCACUGGCCUGUUUGUCCAGGGGUGUGGCACCCAGUACACACUACAGAGUAUGAACACUACAGCCGCUGGGAUGGUUCCCAGACAGCUUUAUACUUGAACAAGGAGACUGCACAUGGACUUUAGGGUUUGUGCUCUGGGAUGACUAGAGGCUACCACGGAAGAUCCUAACCAGUCCCAGAGGUAACUCAGAGAAUAGGGACUGUAAAGCUUAGUGGGGCGUAGGCAUCUGACAGCGCUCGUCCAAUACCUUUCUCAAAGUUCCAGACUAUGUGUACAAACCCUUAGCAUCAGAUAGCCUUAAAGUUGGUUGUGACCUUCUUGUCUGUGACUCUUCUAGCCAGUUUCCUCCCCAUGUCAGAGGUAACAGAAGGUGGAAGCUUAGAGUGAACAAGGAGGCCGAGACAUCAGGCAUAAGAAAAAUGUUUGCAGGUUUCCUGUGCAGGGCUGCUUCCUGUCCUCCAAGGCUGGUGAGCCUUGGAUGCGUUUGUUUUUUAGAAAAGUAAAUUAUCAGUAAAUGGCGUUAAGUUUUGUAAUAAAAUCAUUUGAUACUCUGGUC